GAGCAGGUAGCAUACUUUCGGGCGCUUUUCUGGUGCAUAGUUUCUCGUUCCCUGACCCCCCAACUCCAUCUAUCGGCGAAUACUUCUUAUUGGAUUUUUUCAUCUUUUCGUUCCUACAAGUGCCGUGAAAAGUAGUGAUUUUCGUGGUUGAGUUACGGUCGGUUCGCGUUUGGAACAGUGUGAUCCGGGAGUAUCCGAAACGAAGUGUGUUGGAUGGUUUUUGCGGUGUGCUGAAUUUCGAACCAGUGGAUUACGGAUAUUCUUCUCACUUCCGGCAUAUAUGAAAGUGGAUUAUGAAUGUGGACUAAAUCAAUUAAUAUCGAGGUGAUAGUAAUCUGCUUCCUGUCGAUCAUACCAUGGCCCGGUCCGAGCGUGUUCAAGAUAUCCUGCUCGCGGGACAGCUCCCGCGUGGUGCGCAAGAUAGUCCAGUCGAAAUGGCUGCCGAUCCUGGAAAAGUACCAGGUCAAACUGCCGCUCGAGUGUCCGUUCCAUCCGCUGCGGGACAUUUUCGGCCCGCAGCAAACCGCCAAAAAGCAGCACCGACCGAGCCAGUGGACGUGCGGCUUCUGUGGUAAGAGUUUCUUCGAGGAGAAGCACCUGGACAUGCACUUUGAGCACCGCCACAAGGGGAACAUCAACAUGGCGGAGGACGCCAUCUGCCUGGCCGACUACUGCGACAUGAUGCGGUGCGAGGUGCUGAUCGCCAAGGACGCCACGCUGUCGUUCGGCGUCGACCCGAACAUGAUGUCCACCGACAUCGAGGUGUGGAGCGAAUCGACGGCCUACCGAACGGCGCUGACCACGUCCGGUCCGCGCGAUCUGGCCAAGGUGCCGGUGCGGAAAUCGUUGCUUCCAAAAAUACUCCAAACCAUCAAGAACGACAUCCUGAACGACCGGAAGCCGAUGAGUUCGUCACUCAGCGCGGCGAAGGCCCCGUCCAACUGUGAUGUGUCCGAGCAGAGGAAGGGCGAGGGCGGGAAACGAACCGAUGCUGAAGACUCCAAUGAUAACUUGGUGGAAGAUGACGACGACGAGGACGAUGAAGAUGAGGACGACAUUGACGACGAGGACGACAGCGACAGCAAUACGACGUCGCAGUGUGAUCAGAAUCUGGUUGAUUCGUCACUUCCACCCGUUGACCGGAAGCAGCAACGGCUGUCGGAGAUGCAACGGAUGAAAGCAAACUGCAAGAGUGAAGAACUUGACCAGCUAAAGACACGAUGUGAAAUUAUGGUGCGAGACUGCAUCGUUGGUCUGCUGGUGCAGCUGUCCUUGGAGGACUUUAAAAGUAUGGAGGAAGAGUUGAAUCGAGCAGUUUGCUGGUAUCUGACCUGUGAACGGUACUGGGAAGAUGGACCGUUAGAUCAGCGAGCUUUCCCUUGGGGUUUGGUGUUUGCCCUCGUAAUGGUUCUGUCUCUGGGAGUUUGCUUAUGCUACUACAUCAUUUGGAUACUGUUCGAUGAAGACCACAGUCCGAUCGGGAGUCAACAAAUAACGGCCCAUCCGAGUCCGACGCACGGCCGCCACUACCUGCAGCCCCAGACGACCGCCAGCAUCUACCACCUGCAGGACGGUGGCCACUCCGCGACCAGUCUCAACAGUUUGAGCCACGCAACGUCGUCGGGCGUCGUCUCCAGUGGCAUCGACCUGCAGCACACGCCCCAAAUUCACGCUACUCAGGUGCAGUACGGGGACGAGGGCGGGUACGGCUAUUCCGGUGGACCGGGUGGUAGCGGGUCCAUCAUGGCCGACGGAACGCACUCGGGCGGCGUCGGUGGCAACGGUCCCAACACCGAGUUCAGCGAGCUGGGCCAAAGCGAACACUACAUCUACGUGACCUAUCCGCCAGAACUGAAACGAAGACUACUGGAAAGGAAUUCAACAUCCUAUCUCUAGCCUCAAAUUCGAACCAUAACACCUACUACAACUACCACCACCACCAUACCACUACUAAUCACACUCAUACCGUGGGUGGUAUGAGGAAGAGGAUUCUCGCCGGUAUGCCUGAAAUUGCGCGCAUGCAGCACCACCUCUCUGAUCCCUCUCUUUGACUAACCAAAAAAACAAACCAAAGACCUUCUGAACCAACCUUCAUUGCCGAAUCAGUACCGUUUCCGAACAUCUCUGUCCCUAUCUGUUUUACGUGUGUACCGUCACCAUCCGAUAUUUAUACAUACAACAAUUAGUGCUCCAACCCAACAAAAAAAAAAUUCCGUUCGACUAGUUAGUAAAUCAAACAUUUUCUCGUUUCUUUUUUUCUUGUUUCAUUCAUUUUUUUCUUUUCUUCCUUUAGCUGCUACAAUAGAACGACCCGUCUAUGAUUGAUUAGAUUUGAAACACUCAAACUGUUUACUUUCGUAGGUUAAACCAAAUGAAAUUCAUUAGAA